CCCUUACCGGGACAAGUGGAUACCUCGAUAACCUUGCGGGAGGCAAUAAACUGUGCCUAACCAUGGCGGGCUUCAAGCUCGGGAUCGUCCGCCUUGGCAGAACAGCAGGGAAAGUAAAAUAUGCUUUGUUAGAUGAGCGAGACAUUUCCCUGGUCGAAAACCAUGCAUUUGAGGCGCGCAUGGAGGUAGAUCCUGAUGGCAAUGGAGCGAUGAUAUAUGCCUACACGCAUAACAUCCAUCGAAGUAAAUGUACAGCCCAACCUCUACACAAUUUCCUGUGGGAAAGACAUUGUGGAGGAAUUGCUCCAGGAUGGAAGGUCCUACAUAAAAAUGGUGUUACUGUAGACAAUAGAAUGGAGAAUUUGGCCCUAGUACCAGAAAAUAGUACACCAUAUUUUGAAGAGCAACCAUCAACAAAGUCAAAUAGAGAACAGAGUCUAUACUGGCUUGCAGUGCAGCAGCUUCAGGAGGAACCCCUGGAAUGUCCAGCAGAACCAUUCUACCACAAAGUUUACAACAGCAAUGGUGACAGUGUUAGUGAGGAUGAAAACUCCAUGUAUUAUGAGUGCCACUAUCCUCCAUGUACUAAUAUGGAGAAACAGAUUCGUGAGUUCAGCAUCUGUGGACGGUGCCAAGAGGUCAGGUACUGUGGAAUCUAUUGCCAGCAAAAGGACUGGCCAACCCAUAAAAGGUUCUGUCGUGAACGGUUACGACCAUCACAGUGUGAACGACCUCCAGAUAGAUAAAGGUCACAGAUUCUCUUGUCAGUUUAGUUGUAUGAAUGAGGAAAGGGGCAUGAUGUAUGUACAAAAAUGAAUAAUAGACUAAGGUUAACACAUAAAGACUUCUGUAAGGCUAUGUAGACUUAUCCAGGAUCUCAUCAAUAUGCAGAAUGCCUCUGUCAGUAAGGACAUAUGUAUUGCUGACCUCUGUCAGUAAGGACAGAUGUAUUGCUGACCUCUGUCAGUAAGGACAGAUGUAUCACUGACAGAGGUCGGUAAGGACAGAUGUAUCACUGACAGAGGUUAGUAAGGACAGAUGUAUCAUUGACCUCUGUCAGUUAGAACUGAUGUAUCACUGACCUCUGUCAGUAAGGACAGAUGUAUCACUGACCUCUCUGUCAGUAAGGACAGAUGUAUCACUGACCUCUGUCAGACAGAUGUAUCACUGACCUCUGUCAGUAAGGACAGAUGUAUCAAUGACCUCUGUCAGUAAGGACAGAUGUAUCACUGACCUCUCUGUCAGUAAGGACAGAUGUAUUGCUGACCUCUGUCAGUAAGGACAGAUGUAUCACUGACAGAGGUCAGUAAGGACAGAUGUAUCACUGACAGAGGUCAGUAAGGACUGAUGUAUCACUGACAGAGGUCAGUAAGGACAGAUGUAUCACUGACCUCUGUCAGUAAGGACAGAUGUAUCACUGACCUCUCUGUCAGUAAGGACAGAUGUAUCACUGACAGAGGUCAGUAAGGAUAGAUGUAUCACUGACCUCUCUGUCAGUAAGGGCAGAUGUAUCACUGACAGAGGUCAGUAAGGACAGAUCUAUCACUGACCUCUGUCAGUAACGACAGAUGUAUUACUGACCUCUGUCAGUAAGGACAGAUGUAUCACUGACCUCUGUCAGUAAGGACAGAUGUAUCAAUGACCUCUGUCAGUAAGGACAGAUGUAUCACUGACCUCUCUGUCAGUAAGGACAGAUGUAUUGCUGACCUCUGUCAGUAAGGACAGAUGUAUCACUGACAGAGGUCAGUAAGGACAGAUGUAUCACUGACCUCUGUCAGUAAGGACAGAUGUAUCACUGACCUCUGUCAGUAAGGACAGAUGUAUCACUGACCUCUGUCAGUAAGGACAGAUGUAUCACUGACCUCUCUGUCAGUAAGGACAGAUGUAUCACUGACAGAGGUCAGUAAGGAUAGAUGUAUCACUGACCUCUCUGUCAGUAAGGGCAGAUGUAUCACUGACAGAGGUCAGUAAGGACAGAUGUAUCACUGACCUCUGUCAGUAACGACAGAUGUAUUACUGACCUCUGUCAGUAAGGACAGAUGUAUCACUGACCUCUGUCAGUAAGGACAGAUGUAUCACUGACAGAGGUCAGUAAGGACAGAUGUAUCACUGACAGAGGUCAGUAAGGAUAGAUGUAUCACUGACCUCUCUGUCAGUAAGGGCAGAUGUAUCACUGACAGAGGUCAGUAAGGACAGAUGUAUCACUGACCUCUGUCAGUAACGACAGAUGUAUUACUGACCUCUGUCAGUAAGGACAGAUGUAUCACUGACCUCUGUCAGUAAGGACAGAUGUAUCACUGACAGAGGUCAGUAAGGACAGAUGUAUCACUGACAGAGGUCAGUAAGGAUAGUGACCUACAGAUGAUCAUUUUUUGGCUAAUGUAAAUGUAGACUUUAUGAUACUGACAUAUUAUCUGGCAGUGUUGAUUUGAUAGUAGUGUCUGAUAAUGUAACAUAGAAAUCCACCUGUAGGACUGACACUACAGAUUACUAGGACAUUCAUAAAUAUACAUUGUAUGUGGUGUAAAUAUAUACUUUUCCUUGUCGGUGUUUAGUAUACAUUACAUGAAUAGUUCGCAUACACAAUGUAGCUUUGUGUAACAUGAUGAGAUAGUGUGGUUGGUUAUUUAAGUGAGAAAGCAGUGUAAAUGUUUCAUGCCCAAUUCCUCUAGCCACAGUUCUGAUAAUUUAUGAGUCAGCUGACAGGUCAAUUUAGUUUACCUCAGACACUGAGCAAGUCAGCUGGGAGGUCAGUUUAUUUGACCUCAGACACUGAGCAAGUCAGCUGGGAGGUCAGUUUAGUUGACCUUAGACACUGAGCAAGUCAGCUGGGAAGUCAGUUUAUUUGACCUUAGACACUGAGCAAGUCAGCUGGGAAGUCAGUUUAUUUGACCUUAGACAUUGAGCAAGCUUGAGGUCAGUUGACCCCAGUUAUUGAGCAUCUGUUGGACAGUGAGAUAUUUGGUAAGAGUUAAGAUAGAUGUCAGGAGAGCAAGUGACAUGGAAUUUUGUUUAGAGAUUAAGCUGACUGUGUCCAUCUUGUAAACAACAAGAGAUCUGUAAUGUUGUGUUAAACAUGUGAUGUACUGGUGAUAUACUGGCGUUAGCUCCAGGUAUUAUUUUGUUAAUCCAUUGUCUCACCUUGUAUUGUUGAAUAUCUAUGUUAUUAUUUAGUCCAGUAUCUGUUCUAACAGCAAGAUAACUCAGUUUCUAACAUAAUUUUAAUCAAAAUAAUAAGCAGACGUAAUAAGCCUUUUGUUAAUUAAAAGUUACAUAAAAUUUUAACAAAAUGAUAUCUGCCCUUAGAUAUAUUUUUCACUUUUUUGUAUGUUUUUUUUUAGUAUCUAUGAGAAUACCAAUUACAACAGUUAAAGUGGAGUUAUCCUGCUGACAGACACCUGGAUUAGUUAUCUCCCUUGCAUCCAUCCAACUUAGUGUAUGUUCAGUAUUUUAAUUAUUUACAAGAUGUGUACACACUAGUCCUAACACAUACAUGUGUAUUUGUUUAUUUAUAAAAUAAUUUAGUGAUAUGUGAGUGGUGAGUGUUGACUGUAGAGUGACAUUAGAACAUUAGAUAGGUAAUUCCAUGGUCACACUCACAGAUAUUAGUGUGAUUUGAAACAUAACAUCCAUCUAAUAUACAAAAUGAUAAUGUAUUCAAUUCAGAUAUGUGAAAUUUAUGUGUUGUUGAAUGUUAAGUUUUUUAUGUGACACACAGUAUGUUCUGAACUUAAUGGGUUUUACCCAGUGAAGAUGACACAUCUGUAUAUGGCGCCUACAAAAUGCAGUCUACAAAUGCCAUCAUUAUUUUAGUUUUGUUAAUCUAUUUACAUGUAGAAACAAAGUUGUUUAUUUAGUUUGAACAUUCCUAUAUACAGUGUUAAAUGAGAGCCAUUCCGUGGUUAGUGAGGGGAAACACCUUCAAUAACUUGUAGUCCAUUCCAUGGAUGGAAAGGGGAGAGAACUCCUUGUUUACUAAGAUCAUAACCAAGAGUGAGUCCUUGUCAUCUCCUGAGAAAGGGAGAGAAUUCUUCUUCUUUAUUAUGAGGCAUUCCAACACAAUAGUGUGUUAUUUUCAUCGUUUGCUGUAUAUUUGUAAUCUUAUAUUUAAAAUCACUGACCUUGUAUAUCUAAGUCACUACUUGUAUGUCCAGUCCUAUCAUUAGGAUCCAGGAUUAGUAUGUCCAGUCCUAUCAUUAGGAUCCAGGAUUAUUUCUCAUACUUUCGAAACUGGAUUUAGACUAUAGAAAUUGUGCAGCAUGCUUUAAAAGUAUAAGAUGUUUUGGCAUAUCUAUCCUGGGACUGAAUGAUACAAACUGCACAUGUGUGUGCAAUUAAUCAUAAUUAAUUUAUUUAAUCAAAGUGUGAUCAUUGUGUUCUUUUAGCAGAGUAUCCCAUUUCCAACUUGCAUAUUAAUCAUGAAAGACAUUUUUGUUGAGUUAACUGCAAGGUAUGGUUUUGGUGAGUGUUACCCUUUUUUUUGUUGACUAGUUGUAGAAAGAUAUCAGAUUUUAUGUGUUUACAUGAGGCUUCAGUUAAGGUAAAGUUCUAUCAAACGUGAACGUAUAUUGUGGUUUUACAAUUGACACUUGUUGGAAAAAAUAAAAGAUUUCCUAUUAUUAAAAAACUGUUUCAAUAAGUAAAAAAUUGAAUAUGGUAUUUAAACUUUAGUGAUGUAGCCUUGUUGACAAUUUGAUGAAAUGGAUUCCGUUAUAUAAAAGAUAAACUGAUCUACUCUCCAUCUUAACCUGAUAAUUCACUGCCAAAUAUUGCCAGUAACACUACGCAAACUGAUUUCAGUCAUGACUUCUAGAUAGAUGUGUGCCAUUAAUAGAUAUUUGUGAUUUACAUUUUAACAAUUAACAGUGCAAUAUAAUUGUGUGUUUUAAUAUGAUUUUUAGAGUAACAUUCCAUAUUUC